UCCACGUUUCUGCCUUAGUUUCGUGUCGAGGAUCACGCGGGGAUCACGCUCGACGAGAGCGUCGUUGAUGGCGAGAUCCGAAAGUCACGGAUAGUUGUUCGCGAGUGUGAACGCGAGAUUCGCGCGAUUCUGAGGGGUCCGUCGAGCCUUUGAGGGAUUAUCGAGAGGAAUCCGAAGAAUCCGACCAACGCCAGCGGCGAAUCUCAAUCGGAAUUCAUUUCCGCGCGGAUGUCGGCUGCGCUCUCCGAUCUGGCUUCGAGCACGCACCGCCGCGCCGUCUCGAAACAGUCGUCGUUUGUGCGUUGUUGAUGUUGAAUUUCUCGCAGUUCCGGAGUCACCAGUAACUCACUUUUGUCUCUCUUCCUUUCUUCUCGCGUUUUCUGGCAAUUGGAUUCCAGUAUUUGUGGAAUAUAUCUUACGGUCAAGUUUAAAUUCGAUAUUCACGCACAUAGUUAAUAAUAACCUGUGCGUUUCAACGUUUCCAACUGUACAAACCGACAGGGUUAUCAACCCUUCCUGCUUUCCCGACAAAAUCGAUAUUUGCCGAUUUUGCCGUUGAAAGUUAUUUCUCACUCGACUUGUGAUAUAAUUGUGUGUCAAGACCUCCUCGCGCACGAGAAACACGCGCGCGUGAGAUUCCCGCGGCGUCAUUCUCUAUUCUCAUUUCGCCGAUGUUUCCUCUAUGAGUGGAUGUUGGAUUGUUGGAUGAUGACUUUUGCAUCAGGAAUAACUGACAGCCUCGAAAAUCGUCGAACUUUGGUGACCUCGAAGCCGUUGCUCCUCGCUUUUACAGAUCGACCACCAUUUCGAUAAAUAACACAGCGUGCUGUGCUUACGCGAAAGAAAUCCCCGAGGUGCAAUUCUGUUCUUUCCGUAUCCAGUUCGUGGAGUAAUUUGUAGCUGCGUUCCGAUAUAAUGAAUUUGCCGAUAAAGCGAAGCGAACGGACGAGCGUCAAUGAUAACGUGCAUUAUCGUGCACGGCACGACAAAGCGGAGCUCGGUGGUGCCGAUUCAAUAUCGAUUGACGCCGACGGCUACUGGCAAAGUGGAUAAACACCGGCGAAAACGUAUCGUAUUAAGUCGAAUCGUCCGUGAAAACGAAGGCGAGCGAUUCGAGUGAAUACGAGAAAACAGACUGCUCGAUCAGCGAUAGUAUCGAUCCUGUCUCGCGGCGACGAGAGAUCGCAUACUGUUGCAAUUUAUCUGCAAAUCGCUUUAUUCAGAGAUGCGCGGAAACAUUGGUGAUAUUGGCUUCAUUGUAACAUUACUUUGCUGCUUUGCCUUUGUUAACGAUCGCGUUAAUGACUUUAUGAUUUCGUGUAACAUGUUUUCUACGUGGCGCGAUUGAUAGGAUUCGGAAAUUUUAUGUUUAAGAGACCCGUGAAAUAUUACAAAAACACGUGAGAUAAAAGUCAAAUAUCUUUGUAUAUAGUUUUUUUUUUAUUUAAUCGUUUGUGAUAUAUUGUUGCGUGACGUAACGAUCCGAUACCACAGUCGUGGCACGUACGCAGGUUUUUCAUUUACGGCAUAGCUAUUCAAUAUUACGUUGUGACUGAUAUGAAUUCACCGAUAGAUGGACAAAUUAUUCAAGUUCUCCAAUUUGAUGGUGAACCUUUUCAUACAUCGUAAAGUCGCGAUGGACAUUAACUUGCCACAUACUGGCUCGCUACUCGCGAUAAAUCUCACAGAUUUCACUUAUCUGAAUCUAUUGAUAUUUAAUACGUACGAUUCCUGUCUCGCGAAUAUUCGUAUCUAUACAGAUGUGGUUUCCAAAAAAAAAUAAUCGCUUUUAUAAAUCCUCAGUUUUUGGGAGCGCUCUCGCGGUCGUACAGACGAAUGCUCGGAUCUAUAUAUUUUUAGUGGUUUUUAUCAAUUUUAUGUUUCAUACACAUUCCCACGUCCACAUAUUUUCGUGGAACCACAAAUCCUUCGUUCUCCAAAUCCCGAAAUAAAUCAAUUAAUCCCUGCAAUUUCGCUUCACAAAGUUUAUCGCAUAAAGAGAUUUUCGAUCGAAAUAUUGAAUUCGACAGUUCCACGUCAAAACAAGUUAAUUGGACAGAAUUAUGGCGCAGGAAAUCUAAUUAUCAGCAAUCGAAGCUAACUGACGAGGCUGAAGCGCGGUAUAUCGCGCUCGUUGCGUAGAUGAGAGAAUGUAAUAAGAGGACAGCCGCGAUUUCUGUGAAGGAGAAAAGUAGAGAAUGCCGCGUACGCGAACGGAGUUGUUCGACCCGAUGGAAGUGGAGAAACCGUCGAGAUGCAUCAGAUUCCUCCGGCUGCUGUGGAAAUUCAGCAGAUGCGUAUUCUCCCACGUGACGCUCAUCUCCUUGGUUGUUGCUUAUUGUGUAAUCGGCGGGUACGCCUUCGAAUUACUCGAGGCGAAGCACGAGAUACAGGUGAAGUUGAGCAUCAAGGAUAUACGGGGUAACGUCUCGGAGAAACUAUGGGAAAUCACGAAGGAUUUCGACGUGUUGAUUCGCGAAAACUGGACGGACCGAGCGUUGAGCCAGUUGAAGCAGUUCGAGGAGGAACUCUUGAAGAAAAUGACGAAGGAAGGAUGGGACGGCAGCGAGGAGGUGAAUAAUAUUCAAUGGACGUUCGCUGGCGCUCUAUUCUACUCUAUCAUCGUCAUCACGACGAUCGGUUACGGCCACAUCGCGCCGAAAACGAAGAACGGCAAAGUGGUGACUAUAUUUUACGCUAUCUUAGGCAUUCCGCUCAUGUUGCUCUGCCUGUCGAAUAUCGGAGACGUGAUGGCGUCGAGUUUUAGGUUUCUGUAUUGGAAAGUGUGCUGCUACAUAUGUACAAAACCGCCGAAAAAACGACGAAGCCGUAAUACCUUCGUCAGAUCCUACUCCGUUCGUCAACCAGGGCGAUAUGGCUCGAGCAAAGGCGCGUUCCGCCGAUCCAUCAGAGUGAGUCAACGAUCAGCGGACUCGGCCUUGGGGCUUUCCGAGAGUAUGACCAAGUCCUCGUACUCCGACACCGAUUGCAGGUACAUGCCUCGACGGUUCGAAGGAAGUGAGUUGAGGGCACCGGGUGCUGACGCGCUUCCUACGAAUCACCCAACGGAAGAAAGAGCGGCCACUAUGCCGCGUUAUUCGACGGACGUUCCGCUGGCCACCCCGAGGAGCGUAAGAGCCAGUCCCAGGAUGACGACGCAGUCGUUGGACAGAAAAUUGCUGAUGGGCCCGAGCGAGACGGACCGCUCGCAGGUCCUCUGCAACAGAUACGCGCUGGACGACCUGGAGGACGAGAUGCUGAGGUGGCAGCAGCCGCAGCCGCCGCCGCCGCCUCGAAAUAGAGUCGGGAACUCGGAGAAGCCGCAAAGCAACGGAACGACUGACGAGCCGGAUAACGCCGAAAAGCAAACUUCCCUCAGUCCUAGACCCUUGCCGAGGAGAUGCCUCUCCGUGGAAGGAACCACGACGAACAGUCAGAGAACGGGCUUGGCAUCAGGGCUGCGACCUGCUCCGGUUUAUUUAGAAAUGGAGCAUAUGGGAAGGUCGCAAUCCACCAAAUCUAGACGCACGAGGAGCAAUUACUCCGUCGCGCGUUCUUAUAAGCGCGGGCCAUCGCCGAGGAUUAUGUCACCGAUGGGAUUCGCCGUGCUUCGGCAAGUUUACGCGGACGAUAUCGAUUUCGAUAACGAGUACUACGCUGCCGCGGAUGAUCAGGAGAAACAGCCCACCAAGCCCGUUCCCAUCUGGCUGUGCGUCUUCCUGGUCGUCAGCUACAUAUUCGGCGGUGCCUACCUCUUCAGCGAAUGGGAGAAGUGGCCGUUCCUCGACUCUGCUUACUUCUGCUUCAUCACGCUGACCACCAUCGGUUUCGGCGACUUUGUGCCGGCGUACAAGCUGGACGCGCACAAGGGCAUCGCCCUUUGUUCCCUCUACCUGCUAUUUGGAAUUGCUUUGCUGGCAAUGAGCUUUAAUCUGGUGCAAGAGGAGGUCAUCAACAACGUGAAGAGCGUCGCGAAGAGGCUGGGUAUCAUCAAAGAGACCGACGACGAGGAGGAAGCCGAGGACUACGACGAAUACGACGCCGAGUAUGAGGAGGAGGUCUAUGAAAACGAGCCCGAGCUCUGAUCCCGCGCUUUUCAGCCGCGACAUUCGACGAGAUCGGCGGGACGACACGCCGCGUCAUCCAUCGUUGUCGCGCGUGAUCUCGCGCGGGAAUUCUUCGUUCACGUCUCAUCCACGUUCACGUAUAAGUCAGUCUCGCGAUGCGGCUGUAAGCAGACCUAAGCUCGCGCAAAUCGAAUUCCCGAUCGAGCGAUACGUUUCGGGCGCCCCCCUCCCGUUUGUUUCUUCGUCGCGCGAGCUGCUACGCGACGACAAAUCGGAAUGCACGAACGAGCGAACGUGCGAAACAGAUAAUUUCAAUCUUAAUUUUACCGUAUUAUCGCGUGGCCGGCAACGUGAAAGCGGGGAUGAGAGCGUUAGAUAAAUCCCGCCGAGAAAAUUAACAGUUAUCGUAUGCUUAUUAAGACGGAUAUUCGUUGAAUAAUCAUCGUAAGCUCGUUCGAAAACAACUGACGAUUUUAGCAUUUCAGCGGCUGCUAUGGUCCAAUUUUCAGCACGAAGAACUCGAGUCUUUUCAUCGAUCUUCGAGUAUAAUACAUUAUUUGAAUUCCUCACGCGAGGGGGGCGGGAGGGAAUAUGACUAGGAGAUUUUUUUCAUUUUUUACGUCACCGUAAAUCUCGUUCUUUGAUGAUAUCGAAAUGCAGGCUUACGUUUAAUUAAUAUACCGAUGAAACAAUGACGAAGCGAGAAAUGCAUUCAGCGUGCCCUACGGACUUACGGAAAAUACUGCUGCGUAAUAUUGCCGUACAAUAUCUGAUGUAUACAUACAUCUGAAAAUUAGAUUCUAUAAAAUGAAUGAGAGAAUAAUUGCAAAACGCAAUUAAAUUUGCAUACGCAUAGCGGUGACUUUAAUAUUUAGCCGACAUUUGCAUUUUGAAUAUCUCCUCUUCAGGUUUCGUCUAGCGUACUUGUUCGCGGCAAGUCUUACGUCUUAGUCAUUAGACACGGCAAGUACAUUAGAUAUAACUCUAUAUAUAUAUAUAUAUAUAUAAAGUGCAAUUAGGUUUGUAGGCGAUGGAACACUUGUUAUAUCAUUUACGAAAUAUGUCAUAUUUAUAUACAUAAAUCUUUCGUAAAACCGUAAUUCUCCGCAUGUGUAUGUGUGCUGUAUUCUCCUUAAAGAUAAAUAUUCAAUAGAUCAGGGGAGAUAGCGCUUGUCUUCACAUUCUUCUCUCUCAAAGAAGAAGAACGAAAGUUGAUAAUAAAAGCAAGAAGGAUAUAAUUAUUCUCUCCGCGAGCGGAAUAGGGUAUGCUGAGAAAAUCUGAAAGACAUGAGGGAUUUUCGAGAAAUAUCCUCGGUUUUACAGUAGUCCCUUAAAUUUCCUUGGACACACGUGCGCGCGCGCCACGCGAGAAUAUAAUU